AUGUCAAUGGGAAUUUUUCCAGUGAGAUUUUGUAAUAAUAAAAGUUCCAGUGGCACUAUUAAUUUUGAUUCCAGUGAUCUUCCAGUGACAACAUCUGAACUAGAAUAUUUAGAAUAUUAUAUAAAAGUGAAUUAUGUUGACAGCGGCACACCAAUAAAUUCUUUGCAAAUGGAAAAGGAUCUAAAAAAUUUGGAUAAAAUUCCAAAACAUCUCGCUGUUUUAUUUUGGGGGAAAAUAGAAGAGAAAAGAUUAAAAGAAGCUGCGCAAUUAUGUUGUUGGGCUUGGCGUUCAGGAGUGAAAAUGUUAAGUAUAUAUGAUGUUGAAGAUGAUCUAAAACAUAAUGCACAAUUAUUACAAUUUCAUAUUGAUGCCUUCUCUAAACAUUUUUUUAUUCAUGAAAAAUUUGUUCCAAUUAUUCGUGUUACUGCACUUGGUAUAUCAACAAAAUAUUCAAAUAAUGAAGAUUCAAACUUACCUGAUAUGCAUGUGAAUUUGAUCUCAUACGCGGAUGGUCGUACACGGAUAGUAGAAGUAACAAAAAAUUUUUCAGAAGAAGUAAAACAAGGAAAAAUGAUAAGUGAUGAAUUGGAUGUAGAAGAAUUGGAUCGUCGAUUAAGUGUGCCUCAAUUUUCUGAACCUCAACUUCUUAUACUCUUUUCACCAAAAGUUGAACUUGAAGGCUUUCCACCUUGGCAUAUUCGUCUUACUGAAAUAUUGUAA